CCCUUUUACGUGUCUGAUCUUCGCUCCACAGCAACCAAUACAUCAUCAUCAUCGGAACGAAAAUGCUUGCUCGUUUGGCGACUCAACGUCUACUCGAGAUCCGUCAAGCUUUUCGGCAAAUUCCACAGACUUCUCGAUCCCUUUCGACUGCCCUAAACUACCACCUUGAUAGUCCCGAUAACAAUCCCGACCUUCCAUGGGAAUUCACUGAUGCUAACAAAGCUAAGGUAAAGGAGAUAAUAUCUCACUAUCCAUCCAACUACAAGCAAUCUGCAGUCAUUCCUCUGCUAGAUCUUGCACAACAGCAGCAUGGGGGCUGGCUUCCUGUUUCAGCAAUGAAUGCAGUGGCUAAGGUUAUAGAAGUUGCUCCUAUCCGUGUGUAUGAGGUUGCAACGUUCUAUUCAAUGUUCAACCGAUCAAAGGUAGGAAAAUACCACCUUUUGGUUUGUGGCACAACACCUUGUAUGAUUCGUGGUUCACGUGAAAUUGAAGAUGCCUUACUGAAACACUUAGGGGUGAAACGCAAUGAAGUAACAAAGGAUGGCAUGUUUUCUGUUGGAGAAAUGGAAUGCAUGGGAUGUUGUGUAAAUGCUCCUAUGAUUACAGUUGCUGACUACUCCAAUGGAUCUGAGGGAUAUACCUACAAUUACUAUGAAGAUGCAACUCCAGAGCGAGUUGUUGAGAUAGUGGAGCUGUUAAGAAGAGGGGAGAAGCCACCGCGUGGCACCCAAAACCCAAAGCGCAUUAACUGUGGACCAGAAGGGGGGAAUACUACAUUGUUUGGUGAGCCCAAGGCUCCCCCUUGUCGGGAUUUGGAUGCUUGCUAAUGUCAAAUUUUUGAUAAAUUUUAUUUCCAAUAAUUCAAGCUCAAAUGUUCUGGGGCACCCAAGUUGUAUACUGUUAUUGACCUGUUAAAAUGGUCAUUGAUUUUUUGGAUGAUUCAAGUGGAUAUAAUCUUGGUAUGUGGGAUGGUCAUUGGCUCUCUCUGGUCAUGAGGUUUUCAGUUUGUA